AUGGCUCUCAAACUCAGCAACAAGAGCUUGUCGCAGAUUUCGACAGCAGGCGAGUCGAAAGUCAAGGUCCCCACGUAUCAUCGUGGUGCCGAUGUCAAGGAGGGAAUUGUCCAUGUUGGAGUGGGCGGCUUCCACCGAGCUCACCUGGCUGUCUAUGUUGAUAAAUUGAAGCAGAAGAAGGCAGAGAGCGGCGAGAGUUUUAACGAGUGGGCGAUCUGCGGCGUGGGCCUGCAGCCCUUCGACGCCUCCAUGCGCGAUGCCCUAGGAUCGCAGGAUCACCUCUACACCGUCAUCGAGCGUUCAGCUGAAGGCAGCUUUGCCCACGUUGUUGGUAGCAUUAACUCUUACCUCUUUGCUCCCGAUGACCGUGAGGCUGUCAUUGCCAAGAUGGCACACCCUGAUACACACAUUGUGUCGCUCACUAUCACUGAGAGCGGCUACUACUAUAACGAGAACUCCCACGAGCUGCAGAGCGAGCACCCCGAUAUUCAAUUCGACCUCGCCCCAGCUAACCACAACGCCCCCCGCACCACUUUUGGUUUCCUCUACGCUGCCUUGGCCCGGCGCCACCAGGCUGGCCUCAAGCCCUUCACCGUUAUGUCCUGCGACAACAUGCAGAAGAAUGGAUCCAUCACGCGCAACAUGCUCCAAUCGUUUGCGCGCCUGCGCGACCCCGUCGUCGCCAAGUGGAUUACAGAGGAAGGUGCCUUCCCCAAUGCCAUGGUCGACCGUAUUACCCCUCAGACCUCACCUGCCGAUAAGACUGCCCUCGCCGAGAAGUUCGGCAUUGAAGAUUCCUGGCCUGUCGUCACAGAGCCCUUCAUGCAGUGGGUGAUCGAGAAGCAAUUCUCCGAUGGCUACCCGCCAUUCGAAGAGGUCGGUGUCCAGGUUGUGAAGAAUGUGCACGAAGUUGAGCAGUUCGAGAAGCACAAGCUGCGUCUGCUCAACGGCAGCCACUCUGCCAUUGGCUACCCAGGCCAGCUGGCCGGAUUUGAGUACGUGCACGAGGUCAUGCAGAACCCCUUGUUCAGCAAGUUCGUAUGGCAGAUGAUGCAGGAGGAAGUGAAGCCGCUCCUGCCCGAGAUCGAGGGAGUCAGCAUUGACGAAUACUGCAAGACUCUCGUCGUCCGUUUCGAGAACCCUACCAUCAUGGACCAGCUUCCCCGCAUCUGUCUCAACGCCUCUGGCAAGAUCCCUCAGUUCAUCAUGCCCUCGAUUGCCGAGGCUAUCUGGGUCAAGGGUCCCUUCCGUCGCCUGUGCUUCGUCGCGGCUGCAUGGUUCCGUUACGUUAACGGCGUUGACGACAGCGGCAAGACCUUUGUCGUGGAUGACCCUAUGCGUGAGGAGCUCCAGACCAAGGCUCGUGCUGGAGGCACCAACCCGCGUGAGAUGUUGAGCAUUAAGAGCCUGUUCGGAGACGACUUGCGCUCCGACGACCGAUUCCUCGAGACUCUUACUACUGCUAUGGAGGAAAUUGCUCGCGACGGUAUCUUGAAGACGAUGCCAAAGUACGUUGACUAA